UCCCUACGCCCCUCGCGUCCGCGGCCUCAUAAAACGCAAAUCCGAAAUCGACACCGCCCGCGCCCGCCUCACCUCCUCAGAAGAACUACUCGAAGCCUCCGAAAUCUCCGAACUCGAAAACUUGAUCACAACCAACGAACGCAUCAUCGCGAAACGUUUGGCUUGGAACGCCACGGUCGAUCUGAGGUUCAUGUUAGAUAAAGGGAGGUAUGAUGUUUGGUUUUUUUCCCGGGUGGGGUGGUUUGAGAGUACGAUUGAGAGGGGUCAGGCUGUGUUACUGGAGGAGGCGAAAGUUUUGAAGAGUUUGUUGGAGCAGGGGAAAGUGGGGAGGGAGAGGUAUGAUGUUUUGGCGGAGAAGUUGAAGGGGGAUUUUGAGGUUAUGAGGACGGAGACUAGGAGGCUGGCGCGUGUGUUUGAGGAGAAUGGGGAGGCGGGGGAUGAUUGAGUGGUUGCAUGUGUAUGGUGUAGGUAUUGUGAAUAUGUUGAUAAGGUUUGCAUGUUAGAAUAAAUCGGUUUCCCGUCAUCGCGUUCGGGUUAGUCAAGCUGAUUCAUAUUCUAUCACAUGCUAGGACAUCAUCGAGACAAGGUAGUGUUUAGAAACGUUCGUUCCAUGCC